CAUCAAGUCACUUGUCCGUUCUUCAGAGACGGCUUCUUAUUCAUGCCACUCGACCAGAGAGACUUAAAGAUCUGCAGGAGGACACAAAGACAUUUGGUGGACAGAAUUAAAAACAUUUGGAGCAACAGGUCUCACCACACAACAUGCUCCUCUUGAUCUUUCUGGCCGCUGUUUCCUCUGCAGCCGAUUUGAAUCAAUGGAGAGCCACUUAUGAGCCGAUGGCGAUCUGCGCACUGGAGGGAUCAACUGUCAGGAUUAACUGCACAUACUGGUAUCCAGCAGGCAUUGCUGUUCACAGACAGAUGUGGUAUUAUGGUCCUCAUAAAGACACAGUGUUUUAUGAGGGGGAAACAAUUGUGUAUCAUACAAAUGGGAGCAAAGUGUCCAGCAGAGACAGAAAAAGAGUCCAGUUCUUGGGGAACAAAAACAAGACUUGUGAUGUAAAGAUCAGCGACAUGAGCAGAAUGGACAGCGGCUACUACAAGUUUAGAGUGGAGGGAACCGAUCAAUAUACAUAUGUGCCAGGAGCCAACGUUAUAAUCACAGGUCUAAAGGUUGAAGCUUCAGCAAGCAAAGUAAAAGAAAGAGACACGGUGAGCCUGAGGUGUGCAACAAACUGCAGUCUCACCGACAGCAUCUUCUCCUGGUUCAGAAAUGGAAGACCUUUAAAUGAAGUCUCGGCCACACUUGAAAUUCAGAACGUCUCCUACGUGGACCACGACGGUUACUCGUGUCGGACUGGAAACGUUGCGUCACCAGAAUUUCAACUGAACAUCCAGUAUGCCCCCAAGAACCCAGUCAUUACAGGGCAGCCCACCACUGGUAUUGAAGAAGGGAAAUCAGUGACUUUGUACUGCAAAGACUUGGCAAACCCACCCAGCAACUACACCUGGAUCAAGGAGAACAGCAGCCAUGUCGGAUCAGGAGAACAACUGCACAUCAGCAAGUUUAUGUCCAGUGACGCCGGGUCUUAUCACUGCAAAGCCACAAACAUCUAUGGAAGUGCAAAGUCUGCAGCUGUCAUCCUGAUGGUUAAAGGAAGCAUCAACUGUUCCAACAACACGGCCAUGACUUAUGCAUUUUAUGCUUUGUUGAGCUUUGUCAUCCUGGCCGGGUUUGCUCUGUCAGUUUUCAUAUUUCUAAGAAAAAGGACCAAGAGGAGAAACAAACCAAAUUUUGUCAUCACAGGAAGAGGAGAGAUUGGAGGCAGGGAGAAUUCAGAAAAGGACACGUAUGCCACUCUCGAUCAAUCAACAGUCUCACCGGAUUAUGACAUAAUUGUGAGGAAUUAAAUGAACAACAAUGAUCUAGGAAGACUCUGCUGUUACAAUAACAGAAAUUAAGAAACCUGUAGAAAAACCUAACUGCCAAUUUACCUUUCAAGACAACCAGACUUUGUGACUAGUGCCCUGUAAUGUGAUGUUCUGUCACCUGUGAGUCCCCCCAAGGCUACAGAGAGUGGCCUGUGCUCACAAUCAUCAACAGCCAGCUAAGGACAGAAAGUCUUGAGAUGACAUUGAUGUCUGAUAUAUAAAUAAAUAAUCUAACAGUAUAGUAGGCAAGAUCAAUGAAUAGUACACCACUUAACUUGUUUUGCUUAAAUAUAUAAACUUUUAGGAGAAAAUAGGCAGUAUAGGGUUAAGUGUUGGGGUCCACACCAAGACCCCAGUCAAACAGUGAAAAUGCUAAUAUAGAAUGAACUGAAAAGAAAACCAAACAGCAAUAUUGACUGUCAAAAUGUUCAUUAAUUCGUAACACUUGUUUAAAGGGGCUUCUGUGUGCAAUCGUCCUCCGGCAGACCCUCUCCUUGGUGUGAACGCAGGCUUCUGGAUUCGCCACUUCCUUUGUAGCAGGAAGACUGAAAGGGGCACAUUUUUUGUGGUGACUUGGAUGUAACAUCAUUUGUGUUUGGAGGGCUCAUCCUUCACUCUGGGAUUGAAAGAGGAAGUGAGAUCAGUAGUUGUGUCCUGCUGUCGUCGGUCCCCUAGUUAACCCUGGGAGCUGAGCCUUCCAUGUGCUCCCUGUAGCUUACGUGACUAAACAGCCCAUGGCUUAUGAAUGAGUUCUGUUCUUGCUGGCAUUCAUAUCCUGAUUUUGCAAAUAAGUUCAAACUAAACUGUACCUUAAUUGGAAAAUUUCAGCAAAAAUGCAUAAUGUCUUAUGACAUAUUUUACUGAAAUACAUUUCAGAUGUAUUUAAUAACUUGAUGGUGAAGCAAUAUUCCUGUAAAUGAAAUUACAAAAUACUUGUAACACCCUCUGCUAAAUCUUGCUCAUCUUGCAGCAUAUUGUAGCGGCUCCACUGGGGAGUGAAAACCUCAGCUCCCAGCAGUCCCUGCAAUGGCUCUGAUUGGUCGUCUGCUGAGGGUGAAGGGGCUGCUGGGGAGAAGGAGGCUGGUGUGAGAUUUAAAAGGAGGCCAGUUCUACAGAGAAGAAGAGAAGUCUUUUGUUGUUUCAUGUCUGGAGUUGCCUGUCUGUUUACCUUCCCGUUCAAUGCCUGUGGAUUCUUGCUUUGUCGUGGAGCGUCUCCUGUUCGGUGUAUGGACUGUCUGGUGUCUUCCUGCUGCAUGACUACUGUACUAGGAUUGGUUGUCAACUUGCGAAGAAAGGAAGGGGCGCACCAGAUCCCAUUCACAUGUCAUCAUCUCAGUAUCGGUAGGGCUGAUCUUUACAUUCACAUACAGCGAGCUGAUCUCUGGACUAUCCUUCUCCAACAUUUUGUUACAUCAGUUGCCAUUUUUUAUGGACUUCAUCGUGUGUGGGUUUGUUAGUGAUUUGCUAUUGUUGAAUUUGCGUAUAUUAUAUAACACCGUAAAGGGAACUGGGGUGGGAUUGUUGUAGUUUGUAUAGUUAUAUCUUGUUUAUUAUUGUUUAACACAUUCUUCAAUUUCUGUUUUAUUACCAUUUGCUUUUUGUCUCUGUGAGGGAGUGUGCGUGAGUCAGGCCAAUGCUGGGUGCAUUCCUGGGAUCCCCACCGAAA